GCUCGGUGCAGGAAGGGCCCAACCGAGGCAGCUCCAACGCGGGCUCUGCGGGCUCGACUUUGACAGGAAGGAAAGAGUAAGCCAGGUGCUCCCUCUGGCUCUGGCUACUGGCUGGGAAGGGCAGGGCGUGACAGAAACCCAGGACAACUCUGCGAUGCAGCAAAAGGUUCUAGGGUUUGAUCCCCUCCAGUCCCAGUCGCUCCUGUCACCUUUAGAAUAGUCCCUAGGAGUUUUGAACUAGCAGUGCUCAGCAGAUGGUGGCUUUGGGAGUCCCCGGGAGUGGAGAUGUUUAUGCCCACGUUACCUUCGGGAUCCCCCUGCCCGCCCCCCACCUCCACCCCAGGCGAGGUUAAUGAGCAUCUUCUGAUUGAAGAGGGGAAGUAGAAAGCAGGAGUGAGAAGAGAACUUUUGUCUUGCCUGAACCCCUUGCUUCCUCCACGACCUCCACAAGCCCACCGAUGGCUUAGACUGAGGUAGGGGAAAGGGAGAGAAGAGUAGAGAAAGAGAAAGGAGGAGGAGAACAAAGUAGGAGAUAGAACAAAACAAAAAAGAUAGUGACAGACUUUUCUUUAGAAUCUCAGAAAUUGGGGCUUUUGCCUUGGGACUUGGAGAAGGGCGGGGUGCAGGGGGCAGCCCAGAUGGCUGAGAGCUAGGAGCUCUGGGGAGAGACAGAGAAAAGAGAGUUUUAGAGAUAGCAGAGGGGAGAAGGGGCCUACCUUCUGCCCACAGCAAAGUGGGGAGAGACCUGGCCGCCCAUGGCGGUCUGGCCCCAGCCCACUGCUCAGAGCUGGCAAGGAGGGGUCAGUUUCCUAAUGGGUUGUCAGACCUUCCCUGGAAGGAGACCUGAGAAGGUCUCCCAAAGACAUCAAGCACUCCAAACUCCCCCCAGCCCUGCCCUAGAGGUUCCCUUUCUGUCCUCAAAUAUUUAGGAGUGCCCCUAGUCACUUGCUAUUUCAGGGCAUUUUUGGUGACGGCUCUCUUCUACCCUCAGUGCCACUGAAGCCCGUGGGCAGGACCUGGGGGAGAACCCUGUGUGCCAAAGCUCGGUGAACCCCCAUGCCGUGUGCUGGGGCACUCUCAACCCCUGCCCCCAGUUACUGGGUGAGAACGGCACGGUUUCCCAGCGAGCAGCCUCUGGCACUGCGGUCAUAGGGGCCGCAUUUCUCAGUGCCUCUUCACUCGCAAAACCUGUUUCCAGAGGAAUUCGUUGACUCUGAACGAAUACUUUAAAAUAUGGACAAGAAAAGAAAAAAGGCCACUGGUAGAACCUCUCCCCACCCUACAUACCUGAAGUGCAGGCGAGGCCCAAGCAAAUGGGAAAACGAUUUCUUCUACGAAUAGCCACCUGGAGGUCAAGCCGAGCUGUGGAGAGCUUAAGGCCACCUAGAUGGGGGAAGGGGAAUAAAAAAGAAUCAGCAAACAUUUGGAGUCAGCAGCUAAGACAAGCCCUUAAAGAAAAAAUAUUAAGGCAUUUAUUUCCUGCUCCUUCGGGAAGAAAAACAGCAAAGUUCUCUUGGUUUCCAGGAGGAAGGAGACAUCUGGGGGUAGAGGGUGGGAGGAGGAAGAGAGGAUACCCCAGGCUCAAGCUCUCCAGACAACUGAGCGGUGGGAGGAGGGAAUAUGUUUUUCAGUAGCUUGUAAAAAGACUUUGGAGCCCCUAGGAGGUUAGCUCGCCAGGACAGCCAGUUGUAAUAAUGACGAGAGAAGCGAGGCUUGUGAGUCGGCCUUCACACUUUUAAAAUGCAGUUAUGGAUUCUCUCAUCAGUGUUAGAUCAAGGCACCAAGUUAAGAAAACAAAAGCCAAAACAACAAUCAGGAAAAAAAAGAAAAUCAGAAGCUUAUUCAAUUACCGAGUCCCGCAGCUCCUGCGGAACUCGCCGCGCGCCUUAAGCUCUCUUUUUCUUUCUGCGGAAUUCCAUUUGCAUGCCCUCUGCCUGGGUGUCUCCCUGUCUCAGUGUGUGUGUCUCUCUGUCUGUUUUCACACUCUCCUCCCCAUUCGAGCGAGGCCCACACCUGGCGCAUCACUGCCGAGCCAUUAGCUGCGGGUCUCCUUUCAUCUUCGCUGUGGCAGACGUUUCUAUUUAUCCACUUGCGCUCGCCGAGUGGCGUCACCAGCGGUACUGUAAUGACGAUUGCAGCAGGAGGAUGACAGCUUAGAAAGAAGAGGGCAAUGGGGCUUCCUCCCAGAGGCGGUGCGGCACAGAGGAGCGCUCGCAUCACAAGGUGACCCCAGCUCCCCACCGCCACCACCGUCACCGUCGACAUCGCACUCCGGCCGCUCCGCGCCCGCCCAGUCGCCUGGCCUCUCUCUCUCCCUCCCGCAGCCAAGAUCUGUCCGACCGCUGGGGACCGGGGAGCCGGGGGCUAGGAGUCACUUGGGGCUUACUCCCUCCCCCCUCCGGCGAGCCCCGGGAUGGAGAGCCGAAAGGACAUGGUUAUGUUUCUGGAUGCGGGUCAGCUUGGUACUCUGGUUGGCAAGAGGGUCUCCAAUUUGUCCGAAGCCGUGGGCAGCCCGCUGCCGGAGCCGCCCGAGAAGACGGUGCCCCGUGGUUGCCUGAGCCCGCGGGCCGGUCCUCCGGCCGCCCGGGAGCGCGGCGGGGGAGGCCUGGAGGAGGAGCCGGUGGACGGACUAGCAGGCAGCGCUGCGGGGCCGGGCGCUGAGCCGCGGGCAGCCGGAGCUGCGGUGCUUGGCCCCGGACCUCCAGUGUCCUCCGCCGACAGCCUCUCGGCUCAGGGGCAACCUAGCAGCUCGGACACCGAGUCGGAUUUCUAUGAAGAAAUCGAGGUGAGCUGCACCCCGGACUGCGCCACGGGGAACGCCGAGUACCAGCACAGCAAAGGGCCCAGCUCAGAGGCAUUGGCCAGCAGUCCAAACAGCAGCAGUGAAGCCCCCAAGAGCAACAGCAGCAGCAGCUCCCAGGGCACCCUGGCCUGCAGCGCCAGUGACCAGAUGCGCCGCUACCGCACAGCCUUCACCCGGGAGCAGAUUGCCCGGCUGGAAAAAGAGUUCUACAGGGAGAACUAUGUGUCCAGGCCUCGGAGAUGCGAGCUGGCCGCCGCCCUAAACCUUCCGGAAACCACCAUCAAGGUGUGGUUCCAGAACCGGCGCAUGAAGGACAAACGGCAGCGGCUGGCCAUGACGUGGCCGCACCCGGCCGACCCCGCCUUCUACACGUACAUGAUGAGCCACGCGGCGGCCGCGGGCGGCCUGCCCUACCCCUUCCCGUCGCACCUGCCGCUACCCUACUACUCGCCCGUGGGCCUGGGCGCCGCGUCCGCCGCGUCCGCCGCCGCCUCGCCCUUCAGCGGCCCGCUGCGCCCGCUCGACACCUUCCGCGUGCUCUCGCAGCCCUACCCGCGGCCCGAACUGCUGUGCGCCUUCCGCCACCCGCCGCUCUACCCGGGCCCGGCUCACGGACUGGGCGCGGCGGCCGGCGGCCCCUGCUCCUGCCUCGCCUGCCACAGCGGCCCGGCCAACGGGCUGGCGCCCCGCGCCGCCGCCGCCGCCGCCUCGGACUUCACCUGUGCCUCCACCUCCCGCUCGGACUCCUUCCUCACCUUCGCGCCCUCCGUGCUCAGCAAGGCCUCCUCCGUGGCGCUGGACCAGAGGGAGGAGGUGCCCCUCACCAGAUAAGGGGCCGCCCGCGGGCUGCCGGCUCCAGGACGCCCGUGGGUUGGGGGGCUCCCCCCGCCCCCCGCGGGGACUCAGCCUGCGCCCCCUCCCCGCCCCCAGGGCAUCGAGGGGGAAAAGAAGGCCGAAAAGGACCAGAGAGGGACUCGGCCUCCAGGAUCGGGACGCCCGGGAAAGCGGCCUGGCGGGCGCGUUUGGGGAUCAGGAGUGGGGAUGGGGACGCGGAGACCGAGAGACCUUCCUCUGGGGCGGCCCCUCCGUUUUUCACCGGACCCGUUGCCCCUGAGCGGGGCUGAGGCCG